CAUCAAUCACACAUAUCAUCUAAAAGAAAACAUCCUACGAGUAAAAAAGGACGAUAAAAUUCAGAAGAAUCUUUCUCUCUGAGAAACCCAAAAAAGGAAGGUGACCCUCGUUCUCUAAUCGAUUGCUCAAUCAUUUUUCACAGUUGGAUUGAAUCGAAAAAAAGGGUUAACUAAAAAAAAGCUGAAGAAUUUGAAAUCUCUGAGUUUUGGGGGUUUAAUAAUGGCGAAAGCAGGAGGGAUCACGAACGCAGUGAACGUAGGAAUCGCUGUUCAAGCUGAUUGGGAGAAUCGAGAAUUCAUUUCACAUAUUUCUCUUAAUGUUCGUCGUCUCUUCGAAUUCCUUGUCCAAUUUGAAUCGACCACAAAGAGCAAGUUGGCGUCUUUGAAUGAGAAGUUAGAUCUGUUGGAACGUCGCUUGGAGAUGCUGGAAGUGCAAGUGAGUACCGCGACAGCAAAUCCGUCUUUGUUCGCUACGUAAAACACGCAUAGCCGAUAUCCAAAUUCGAAACCGAGUCUGAGCGGUUGGCUUAAUCGGAAGAAGCGUCUUUUGUUGAAUGUGUACCAUUGAAUGAUUCUUUCUUUCUUCCCCAUAGCUGUAGUAAGUAAACUGGUAGCUUAAAAUAUGAGCCACAUUCAUAAAAUCUGUGUAUCUUUUAUCAGUCCAUUAAGAUCUCUUUUGAAUGACAAAAUCAUUUCAUUUAACUCUUGGAGUUUUGCUUC